AUGGGAUCCCAGCACUUUGGGAUGGCGGACAACAACCCCUUCCGCAGGCUGGUUUCCACUGGAGCAUUUCAUCGGGGAAGCGCAGCAGCAGGUGACUUUUUUAUUUCAGGUAGUCGGGAAUCUGCUUUUGUACAUGCCAUCUCCUCCGCCGGGGUUGUUUUUGCCAUCACCAGGGCAUGCAGCCAAGGGGAGCUGAAAUCCUGCUCCUGCGAUCCCAAGAAGAAAGGCUCUGCCAAGGACAGCAAGGGCCAUUUUGACUGGGGUGGCUGCAGCGAUAACAUCGACUACGGCGUUAAGUUUGCCAGAGCCUUCGUGGAUGCCAAAGAACGGAAAGGAAAAGACGCAAGGGCGCUGAUGAACCUUCACAACAACAGAGCUGGAAGGAAGGCCGUGAAGCGGUUUUUGAAACAGGAGUGCAAAUGUCACGGUGUGAGUGGAUCAUGCACUCUAAGGACCUGUUGGCUGGCCAUGGCAGACUUUAGGAAAACAGGAGAUUAUCUGUGGAAGAAAUACAAUGGAGCGAUUCAGGUGGUCAUGAAUCAAGAUGGCACGGGUUUCACUGUGGCUAAUAAGAAAUUUAAGAAGCCAACUAAGAAUGACCUGGUAUACUUUGAAAGCUCUCCAGACUACUGUAUCAGGGACAGGGAUGUAGGGUCCCUCGGGACAGCUGGUCGGGUGUGUAACCAAACCUCCCGCGGCAUGGACAGCUGUGAAGUGAUGUGCUGCGGGAGAGGCUACGACACCUCCCGUGUCAGCAGAAUGACAAAAUGCGAGUGCAAAUUCCACUGGUGUUGUGCUGUGCGCUGCCAGGACUGCCUAGAAGUGGUAGAUAUUCACACCUGCAAAGCGCCAAAGAGCGCUGGCUGGAUCUCCCGGACAUGAUGCACGGGCUGCUGAUGCUUGAGGACCACAGCCUUUGCCCUUCCUGGGCCAUGCAGGGAAUGC